ACAUCAAAUUUUACCUGCUAAGGUUGAAGUGAAAUGUUACUACACUGUAAAGCUUGGAGAGAGAAAUUCUCCAUCUCCACACAGUAACACAUCCUCCAUCACCAUACACAGUCAAAAACCGUGGAUGAGUGUUCACCAUUCUUAUGGUGACGACGUUCUCUUCACCUGCUCUCUGCCUGGAUCUGCUAAUCCUGAUACGAGAUGUAACCUAUACUUUGGAGAAGCAAGUCGUCCAGUUCUAACAACAGACAUCUCGGGGAAGAAGACCUCAAAGAAACAGUCGUUCUGCCAGUUUACUGUCAAAAUUGAUGAUUUGCUGAGUCAUCUACGUUUAGUUCAACAAAGCGAUGCCAGCUGUGAUUACAGUUUGGGAAGUGAACCCAACCCUUUGUCUCCUCGUAGUGAUGGAUACAGCUUGACUGAUAUUGUGGAAAGAGAGUCAAGCAUGACCCCGACAAUGCCAACAUUUAGUAUGACCAAAGGUCUGACUGUUAGCAGGCGUGGCGUUUCCACUCUGGUAACUCCUGUAAAAAGAAUGUCAGAUUUGACUGAUAGCAGCCCAGGUGCUUCCACAACUCCUGUGAAACCAGCAAUGGAGGUGACACAGACUAUGCAGUCUUCUACUAUGACCACAGGUCUGACUGUUAGCAGGUCUGGUGCUUCCACUCCUGUAACUCCUGCAAAACCAGCAUCAGGUCACCUGACGGUUGGAUCAAGCAACACUGAUAGUUGUAUCUCUACUUCCCUAACACCAGAGGAACCAGCACCAGAAACAUGGACAUGGAAGUCGGUAGUAGUUGCGGCUUGUUUUGGAGGUGUUGUCUUACUGGGACUGGCACUUCUCUGGACAAAAAAAAGAACUGAAAGAGGUUCUGAAAAGAGGACACAAGACAAUGUCACCGAUGACUUAAUGUGCAUGAGAAAUCUUGACCACGGAGGGCUGUUAACUGCAGGAAAUGAUGAAGCCUACAGUGUGAUAACCUCAGUACCUGCUGCUGACUGUCCUACUGGUUGUGAGAAAUUGAACAGACAAGCGCCUCAAAAUAAGGACUCUGACAUAUACCAUGUGUACACCAUCCCCGAGGAGCCACCUCCAUCAGCCCUAAAGAACAUGGUGUACAGCACCCUGCAGGCACAUUGAAACACAAACCUUUUCAUAGAGAAACAGAAAGCAGACAUCCCAACUGUUUUUAAUGCAUGUGUAUUUUUUACUUGUCUUUUAUAGUGUAUCUUCUGAUCUAAUAGUGAGGGAAAUUGAUGCAGGUAAUGUGUGUGGUCUGGUCGACAGUGGAAUCCAAACUAAAGGCAACUGACGUGAAUGGAAAUCUUUAAAUCAUCUUAAGGAAAAAAAAGUGUAAACUGAUUCUAAUAAAACUGUGUAAAUGUUAAUAGCCCAUCCAUUCAUUCAUCCAUCCAUCUUUUAUCUGUAACUAUUGUAGGGGGCUGGAGCCUAUCCCAGCUGACACUGGGUGAAGGCGGUGUACACCCUGGGCAGGUUGCCAGGCAAUCACAGGGCUGACACAGAAACAGACAACCAUUCACUUACAUUCACACCUACAGGAAAUUUAGAGUCAAUGUUAAUAGUCUGUUUUGGAAAUAAAAAGUGCGAA